AUCAGUCAAAUUAAUCAACAACAACAAACAUCAUAACAAAGUCUCCGCGAGCAUACAUCUCACAUUGCAUUACUUUAUCACAUUGCGCCGCAAGGACAAUACAACUAUUCAAAAUUUUAUUCCUAAUUGAUCCGUCAUGAGUGAAAGUACGUGUAAUUCGUCGUUUUUUCUGGAUCCGAAACCGCUUCUGAGCGGUCGGGAUAUGUUGCAACAUCAUGUCGGGAAUUAUGAUUUCAACACACGAAUUCGCCUCGUCAAAGCGGAAGAGGAAUCCGAGCAGCAAGAGGAUAUUUCCCGAAUAAAAAAUGAAUUCCGGACAGUUCUUGCACAACAGCGGGUAGGCAAAGCAGAAAUGUAUUCCGAGGGGGAAUGGGAUAAUAAGCGGAAACGAAUACGAAUCCGUAAAGCUGUCGGAAAAUGGCACAUUUAUGGUUAUCUAGAAAACAAGGUACAAUACGUCGAUGGCUACGAAGCUCUUCAUUUAUUGGAAAUGAACCGACUAAUUGUGUUCUGGGAUACGGUUUUGAUAUCCUUGGAACAGGCGUACACUCUAUUCCUUGGUUAUCCUGAAUCUUUGAGCUUGGAACACUAUAAGGUUUACAGCACUAUGAUGAGAGCUGGUUUCUGUCUGUUGAAAUUCGAUUUGAACCGAAAGUACCAAAUCGAUACUGAAACCACGGAACAGAACUUGGACGAAGAACGGGCUUGCGUUUGGAGGAAUCUCUACAAAAUCCUGAGACAACACAAUCCAAUUUCUCAACAAGAACAAGACACUGAUCAGGCUUUGGCGCAACAAGUUGAACGAUCCAUGCAAAAUUUCAACUCCAUGAUCGCAUCGCAGAUUGAGUCUAGUAAUGAAAUAAAAUCGUCUGACGAUAAUACCCAAGACGAUGACCAAGAAAUUCCAUUUAAGAGACAACGGAUUGAUAGCUCCGCAAUAGAAACUAAAACCGCUAACCAAUCUAAACUCGAUGCCUUUGCUGAUCUUUUCGAGAGUUUUGAAAUAGUUCAUAGCACAUUGGAAACCGACCUUGACCCUGACGAGAAAUCUUCAAACGUUCAACUCCAUUUCGAUAUGUUUUGCAAUAGUGAUGGCUCCACUUUCCGGAAAAGCCAACCGUCUGUUCCAGAAUACCGGAUUAUCAUACGCUUAUCUUCCGAGCCUCCUUUAACGGCUAACGACAUUGCCGCGUUAUACUCUCGUCAACCGAAGCCAGAUGUUCCCAUCCUACUGAUGCUGGUAGCAGAAACAUUGUCGAUUAAUUGUUUUUUGUACAGCUUUUAUCGUUUACCGAAGAAUUUGGUAGUCAUCCCUCCAAGGCGAAUAAUGGAUCGAAACUCUACCGACGAUGAUGACCUUGCGAUUGAUGAUAACUCAAGCGAUGACGACUAGUUAGUUAUACAAUGCAAUGGAAACGUACUGUGCAUCUAAGAGGAAAAAUGAUAAUUUUCUAAAAGAAUAAAAUAAAAAAAAA